CGGAUGGGACUGACAGCCAGGCACGUCUGGCGAGAAACGAGAGGCGAGAUUGCAGUGUGAGAGACAGAGAGACAGAGAUAGAAAGGGGGAUAUCAUAUCGCGGGGAGAGAGAGAAACGGACGAAAUUUUUGGUUCUUUCCUCUGUUUUCUUCCAGGAACAUCUGUCCCGCGCCUGUCUGCCACGGGAUCGUUCUAGCAGGGUUUGAGGAGUGUUCUUGUGUGUGCGUGUAUGCAGAAGGGGUAUCCGCCCCCCCUGUCCGUUUCCCCUUCUCUCCAAAUCUUCUAAUUUUUUUGUAUUUUUCUCCGUUUUCUGGUCUCUGCUGUUGAUGUACACCAGCUUGUUUUUAGAGAAACGGUUUUCUGUGUCGGAGCCCUGCACACACACAGACAGAUAGAAGUGCGAGGCACGGAGAGGAGACAGACAGACAACGACAUUAACUGGAGGAAUGAACGGAAAAUGCUGUGCGCCAGCGGUGGCAGCCGUGAUAUUACCGAUACAUUCGUGACCCGCGCGACGAGAGGAGAGAAGACCCGCUGCAGCACCAAGCCUCUCCCGCCAGCAGCCUUCUCCUUGGCAACCGGAGCUGCAGCAGUAACCCACGGCAACUGUGGAACAGGGGGAGGAGUCAGGAAGUCAUGCCGCAGCACAGAGGCCCCUCUCCAAAACACUGGCCUCAAGCUCCCUAAAUUCUCUGGAUAGAGGCAUGUGACUUCAGCAGACCACACAUAAACAGACGGAGGGAGAGACGGAGAGAGAGACAGAGAGAGAGAGCUCACUGGGCCUCAACACUCUCUGACAUCACCAUCCCCUCUGUGACAUCACUUUGACAUCAUCAUCACCAUCGACCUCUGUGGAUGAGCCGCCUGCCUGGACGCCUGCGGUCAGGUGGAGGUGGGGGGGUGGGGCAUGACGGUGGGGCCUUGGCGGAGGAGCAGGGGUGUGAAGGGGAGCUGGCGACAUGGGGGAGGGAGGUGGCAGCAGGGGUACAGGAGAGGGUCAUAGUGGAACCCAGUGCUGAGGCUGGAGCUCAAGGGACCCUUGACCUUUCACCAUCACCCUCGCCCCCCUCCCUGGCCAACGGGGUUCACAGAAGGCCUGGCCUUGGAACACGCCGACGCUGGCAGACAGAGACACACACCGAUGCUUUAACACACACACCAGGACAGACAGGAGUCACAGGCAUGCAGAUUUACACGGAUCUCCAAAUGCACACACCUGCGGACACUCACACACACCUAACCGCUAACACACACAUGGAUGCUCACACACACUCGGACUCUGCCGGUCCAGAGCAGCCCAGAACUGUUUCAUCACCAGAGACUCACACCAGAUCACCUCAGCGACAGGUCCUCUUGCCUGUCACUCAUUCAGCCUGCACCAAUCAGCAAGUUGCUUCCUCUCCCUGCAGCCCGCUUCCUCCACCCUCUGCAAACAGAGACAGGCCCCCGGCCAUUAGCCCUGCCCAUAUUGGACCAACACCUCUAGAUCUCUCUAAACCCUCAAGAGCUAUUGGCCCAAAUCCUACAGGCCCUUCUCUUAUUGGUCCAUCCGGUUCAAACCCUUCUACUAUUGGCCCAGACCCUGUAGAUCCCUCCCCUGUAUCUGUCGAAGGAGAGAGGAAGUAUGCGCUCCGUAGCUCCGGUCGACCUCGCUUCCCCUGCCAGCUACGCAAGUCAUCCCGCAUCCGCCGAUCCACCGAGGAUGGAGAGAAGAGGGGAGGGAGGGAGAGCGAGAGGGAGGAGGAGAUGGCAGAGGAGGAAGAAGAGGAUGAGAAAGAGAGGGUGAGUGUACAUGUAAAGGUAGGGCGCCCCACAGUGGAGGAGUGUUUACCUGCAACCUCGAAGCCUGCUGACUCAGCUGUACCUGUAGCACCACGCCCUUCACCACACCCUUCAACACGCCCCUCGCCACGCCCUACACCACACCCCACCUCUCACUACGCCCCCCGGCCAGCGCCCAAACCCAGAACUUCAACCAAACCCCAACCUAGACCUUCAACCAACGCCAAACCAAAAGCCCAACCCAGACCAUCGAUGAAAGCCUCGCCCAAAUCCUCGCCCAGACCAGCGAACAAUCCCAGACCAGCGACCAAUCCCAGACCAGCAACCAAUCCCAGACCAGCAACCAAUCCCAGACCGGCAACCAAUCCCAGACCGGCGACCAAUCCCAGACCAGCGACCAAUCUUUCGCCUUGUCCAUCGAUCAAUACCGUGCCCCAGCCGACAGUGAAGAAGGAGGUGCCUGAUGAUCUAGUUCCUCCCACUAAACAGAAACGGCGGUUCGUUGGUGUGAGGCGUAUCGUGGUGAAGGUGGCUCGUAUCCCGGUGAACCUCAGCCGACGCCAAAAGAGCUACAAGAUUUCCUCCAUGGAGACCGUCGUCGGACCAGAGAGGGGUGGGGCCAGUGGAGAGGGGGGGUUGGAGGGAGCAGAGGGGGUGACAUCGGUGGUCCGAGAGCCAACUGCGCUCCUUCGCAUGAAGAACAAUGGGAAGAAUGUGAUGGUCAUGUUCCCGCCUGGAGAACUCCCGGUGAUCCUGAAACGCAGACGUGGCCGACCUCCCAAACAGGUUGUACCGGGAAUGCCGGAUAAAACAGGUGGGAAUUUCGCCGUUGCCAGUGGGAACGGCGAGCCCAAGAAACCUCGUCGGCGCCGGCGGGCCAAGCUCCCAUCUCCGCAACCGUCGUACGUGAACGACACCAACGACGUCAAGACAGAGUACGGAGACGUUCUGUCCAAACUGGCGUUCCUAAACCACCAAACGCCUGCCACCGGCCGCUGCUCCCCACCACGCUGCUGGACACCCAGCGAACCGGAUAGCUUUCACACGCCGUCCAACAACCCUGGGAUCUCCGCCCUGCUCCACCGACUCACAGGGUUCAGACGCAGGGGAGGGAGGGGUGGUGGCGUAGGGGGCAGGGGAGGAGGUGCAGGAGGGGCUGGGUGUGAGAGCUUCAAGAGCUCCUUCAGUGACUUCUUCGAGACGAUCGGGAAGAAAAGGAAAGUGACCCCUGCUCUGUCAGAACCAGGGUUACCCAAGAAACGAGGGAAGGGUGGGGGAGGCAGGGGAGGAGGGGUUGCAGGGGGGGAGAUGGGGGCUGGAGGUGAGGGGUGGAAGCCGAUGAGAAAACGACGCUCGUGCAAGAAUGGGGUUCUGAAAGGGGAGGCAGGAUGUCAGCUGGAGCAAGACUGGUCUAAUGGUGGAGGUGUCUGGGAGGAUGACCGGGGAGGGGAGAGGGAGAGAGGGCCGGGGGCGUACCAGGCCUGUGGUUCCCUGAGGGGGGACUUCCUGCCCUGUGAGGGGGGAAGAGCAUACGGCAGCCCUGGGGGCAGCAGAGAAGGUGGAGGAGGUGAUGAAGUGCAGGGUUUGUUCGCCGGAUAUUUUCGCUCCCUGCUCGACUCAGACGACUCCUCCGACCUCCUGGAUAUCUCCUCCUCUCGGCCUGACCCCAGGAAACCUCCUCCCACCCCGAGCUACGACUCCUCCAGCACUGCCCCCGGCCCAGGUUCUCGCUGGUCCCCAGCCUUCCCCAAGAGCAGCCCCAAAGGAGAGGCAAGGGAGAACCAAACCCAGGUCUCUUCAUCCUCCUCUUCCAGACCUCCUUACAGCUACUACCUUUCCCAGAACUCCCCCACCACUUCCUCCUUCCCCAAGUCCACCCCUCCCUCCCUCUCUCUGCCUCGCUCUCCCAGUUCCCCCCAUCCCUCCUCCUACGGUCACUACCCGUCCGGCUAUUCCUCCUCCUCUCCUGCGGGGGGCAGUGCAGCACCACAGAGACCCACAGACUGCAGCUUUGCAGCCUACGGGGCAGCAGGGCUGGAUAAGGCCUCCACAGUCCCCACCGUGGGCCAGGGUCAGAUGGGCUAUUCCAAUUUUUCCAAGCGUGGAUAUGGGGGCUACCCUGGGCAGGUCGGACCAUCCUCUCCAGGGGGAGGGGGGUAUAUGGCCAUGGCCAAGAACAACCCCUUCCAUUCCUCAUCAUCUCCAGAGGGUUACAGACACUACCCCUCCAACCAGUGGAACUGCAAGCAGGGCUCCAGUGGCUGGGCGUGGGACAGUCUGGCUCAUCAUUACCCAGGAGGCUACAGUGACUACGUCACCCCAGGCCCCAGCGAGCCCAAAGACAUCCUGGACAUCUCUAACUACACCCCACAAAAGGCCAAGCGACAACCCUUCCUCGAGAGCCUAUCAGAGUCCUCCUCUGACUCAUCCCACCUGGGGGUCACCGGGUCAGGAGGCGGGGUCAGUACCGGAGGUGGGGGCGGAGGCUCGGGUUCAGGUUCCGGAGGUGGGGCAUACAGGCAGGGUGGAGGCAGGGAGUCUCUUCCUAUUGGUGGAGAGGGAGGUCAAGGCCAGUCCAGCCUAUCAAGUCUGGAGAAGUUAAUGAUGGACUGGCAUGAGAGCGCCUCAGGCCCCUCUUACAACUGGAGCCAGAACGUUCUCUUCCAGGGGCAGGGAAAGCCCGGACGGGGGCGCAGGAAACGGAAUGCUGCCGAACCCCAAAUGGAAAAGGAGGGGGGGGGUGGACCAGGACCGGAGCCCCCCCAGACUCUCCCACCAGCCCCCCAGCCCAGACACAGUCCCACACCUCAACCCAGGGCUCUGGUGCCAAACGCAGUGGGAUUGGGGGGCGGCAGGGUAGGGGGGCGAGGGGAGGCAGGGGACGGCUGUGCCCGUCCCCAAGAGAACGCCCCCCAGGGGGGAAGAAGGGUAAGGCUGCUGGGGGUGGGGAUGUAGGAGGAGGGGGUACUGCUCAGGGGG